ACAGCGUGUCCUUUUCCUCUUCAUACUCCUCUUCUUCCGCUGCUGAUACAGGCAGGACUAUUUAGUUGAUACCCACGAACUUUUUUUCAUCACUCGUCCAGUCCGUAUCCAUAACCAAUUGUCAAAAUGGUUCAGUCCGCAGUUCUCGGUUUCCCCCGUAUGGGUGUUAACCGUGACCUGAAGAAGGCCACCGAAGCUUACUGGAGUGGAAAGCUCUCUCAGACCGAGCUCCUUGCUGAGGCCAAGAGACUUCGUCUGGCCCACUGGAAGAUCCAGAAGGAUGCCGGCGUUGACAUCAUCCCCAGCAACGACUUCGCCCUGUACGACCAGGUUCUCUCUCACAUCCAGGACUUUGGUGCUGUUCCUGAGCGAUACACCAAGGAUGGCCUUGACACUGUUGACCAGUACUUCGCCAUGGGCCGUGGCCACCAGAAGGGAGGCAUCGAUGUCCCCAGUCUGGAGAUGGUCAAGUGGUUCGACUCCAACUACCACUACGUCAAGCCUACCCUCCAGGACGGCCAGGUCUUCAAGCUGACCGCCACCCCCAAGGCCGUUGCUGAGUUCAACGAGGCCAAGGAGGCUGGCGUCGUCACCCGCCCCGUCCUGGUUGGCCCCGUGAGCUUCCUGCACCUCGGAAAGGCCGACCGUGGCCAGACCGUCGACCCCAUCGACCUGCUCGACAGCCUUCUGCCUGUCUACGAGCAGCUCCUCGUCCAGCUCAAGGAGGCUGGCGCUGAGACUGUCCAGAUCGACGAGCCCGUCCUCGUCUUCGAUCUCCCUGCCAAGACCAAGGCUGCUUUCAAGCCCGCCUAUGAGAAGUUCGCCAGCCUCGGUGACAAGAUCCCCAAGCUGGUCUUCACCACCUACUUCGGUGACAUCGUCCACAACCUUGACCUCCUCCCCAAGGACAUCUAUGCCAUCCACAUUGACCUUGUCCGCAACCCCGAGCAGCUCGACACUGUUCUCGGUGCUCUUGGUCCCAAGACCAUCCUGUCCGCUGGUGUUGUCGACGGACGAAACAUCUGGAAGACCAACCUGAAGCGCGCCAUCGAGAUUGUUGAGGGCGCUAUCCAGAAGCUCGGCAAGGACCGUGUCAUUGUCGCCACUUCCUCCUCUCUCCUUCACACUCCUCACACCCUGGCCAGCGAGAAGAAGCUGGACGCUGAAAUCGCCGACUGGUUCUCCUUCGCCUCUGAGAAGGUCGUCGAGAUUGCCGUCAUUGCCAAGGCUGUGACUGAGGGCCCUGCCGCUGUCCGUGAGCAGCUCGAGGCCAAUGCCAAGUCCAUCCAGGCUCGUGCCACCUCUCCCCGCACCAACGACCCCAAGGUCAAGGAGCGCCAGUCCAAGAUUGUCCCUGCCGACUACAACCGCAAGUCUGAGUUCCCUGCUCGUAUUGAUGCUCAGCAGAAGAAGCUCAACCUCCCCCUCUUCCCCACCACCACCAUUGGUUCCUUCCCCCAGACCAAGGAGAUCCGUCUGUCACGAAACAAGUUGACCAAGGGCGAGAUCACCGCCCAGGAGUACGACUCCUUCAUUGAGCAGGAGAUCCGGGACAACGUCAAGAUCCAGGAGGAGCUUGGCAUUGACGUCUUCGUCCACGGUGAGCCUGAGCGUAACGACAUGGUCCAGUACUUCGGUGAGCGCCUGGACGGCUAUGCCUUCACCACCCACGCUUGGGUUCAGAGCUACGGCUCUCGAUGCGUCCGACCCCCCAUCAUUGUCGGUGACAUCUCCCGUCCCGCCCCCAUGACCGUCAAGGAGUCCAAGUACGCCGUCUCCGUCUCCAGCAAGCCCAUGAAGGGUAUGCUGACUGGACCCGUCACUUGCUUGCGAUGGUCUUUCCCUCGUGACGAUAUCCACCAGUCCGUCCAGGCCGAGCAGCUUGCUCUGGCUCUCCGUGACGAGGUCGUCGACCUCGAGAAGGCUGGCGUUGACGUCAUCCAGGUCGAUGAGCCUGCUCUCCGUGAGGGUCUCCCUCUCCGCUCCGGCACUGAGCGUGAUGCCUACCUCAAGUGGGCUGUCAACGCUUUCCGCCUGUCCACCACCGGUGUCGAGGACUCCACUCAGAUCCACUCUCACUUCUGCUACUCUGAGUUCCAGGACUUCUUCCACGCCAUUGCUGCCCUCGAUGCCGACGUUCUGUCCAUUGAGAACAGCAAGUCUGAUGCCAAGCUGCUGAGCGUCUUCGUCGACUCUGCCUACCCCCGCCACAUCGGACCUGGUGUCUACGACAUCCACUCUCCUCGUGUUCCCAGCGAGCAGGAGAUCAAGGACCGCAUCGAGGAGAUGCUUCAGUACCUCAAGCCUGAGCAGCUCUGGAUCAACCCCGACUGCGGUCUCAAGACGCGCCAGUGGAAGGAGACCAAGGAGGCUCUGGCCAACAUGAUCGCCGCCACCAAGUACUUCCGUGCCAAGUACGCCAAAUAAACAAAUCACUUUGUUUUAAUAAUUCCUACGAUUGCGACGUAGGAUGGCCUGGCUUUAGUGGCAGCAACAUUCAACCAUGUUGCGCCUGUAGCCAGGUACGAUUUCAACAUCGGCGUUUGGGCAUGGUUUAGGUGACAAAGACGGGUUAUUACGGCACCCACCAAAAAAAGGUUCUUUUCAUCGCUUGGGAUUUCGGAAAGGUCGGUUGGGCGAGCAUUCAACAUAUGCAUUUGUGCGUUGAUUCUCCUGAUUAGGAGAAAAGCAUUGGGGGGGGUUUAUCAUAGUUUCAUAAGGAUGGUUAUCCAAAAAGUCUUCAACAAGGCGUUCAUGAGGUGAGAUGAAAUGAAAGGGAAAUGAGUUUUAUGAGGUUGUUAUGAGGUUGGUAGUAAAUAGAUACCCCGAUUCAACCUGGGAAAAUGAGAAGAAAUUUAAACCUGGUGAAUAUUAACU